AUGACAACAAAAUCUAGACUUGAGCAUUACCGGCAAGGCUAUCCUCGGCUUGCGGCCUUUCUCAACCUCGACGCGAACUUCACCAUCUUCAGACGCUUUGAUACUCUACAUCUUCGAGUCUUACUGGAACAACAAGAUCGAUUAUGCGAGCUGCAACAACAGCUUGAAGACUGUGACGACGCAGAGACAAUUCAGCUAAAUCUCAAAAGCCGACGUCAAGACGAUAAUAAUACACGACGAAGUGUACUGCAGCAAGUUGCAGCUGAACUGAAAGAUUAUGACAAAGGCGUGCUCAGAUAUCAACGCAUGAUGGCUCUACCUCGAGCGCGCAAAAGUCAUCGCCGCAGUGUUCACAAUUGGGUGAACGGAAACAAACCAGUCGUGAGGUCAGAGAGUGCGUCUCUCAUUGCAGCUCCAUUUACUAAAGACUAUAUUGCCUUGAAUGUGGAAGACUCUGAUAGAGCUGGGUUCGAGCUAUUUUUCGAUCGCCUGAUGCAGUCAUGCCCACGCUUGGCGAGUUAUGUCUCACAUGGCAUGGCUAAGACAAUCGACCACAAUGUAUUUAUACUACGACGAACCUUGUACGAGAGAUUGAUCAAGUGCCUGGUGGCUUUAUGUAUUCCUAUGGGAAUUAUUUUCCCCAUGAUACUUCUAUAUUGGUUCGAAAAGGGUGGAGGUCGGUCCGCUAUUUCUGCUAUAUUCGUCCUGAUGACGUCCUUCGCAAUCUGUUUCAUGACAAAGGUCACCAAAUAUAAUCUUCUCUUAGCAGUAGUAGCGUACGCUGCCGUGCUUUCUGCAUUCUUAUCAAACCCAUGA